UGGUACGAAUUUUAUGGAUACCAAUUAAAAAUUGUGCGUAAUGCUGAAAGAUGAUUUCACAUGUUAAGAAAGUUAAAAUGAGACUAUCGAAAUUUCGUAAAUGAAUUUUUCCUAGAAAAAACAAUAAUGUAUAAAUAUUCUACGAACGUUGUUUGGUCGUGUAAUUCACAAUUGUCUUCUUCACCUGAGACAUGAUAAUGUCUAAAACAAAGUAACUUUAGCCUGGGGGGACACACGGCCAUAUCGCCAUGUGGGGCUAUACAAUCCCAAUGUUACAAGCGUGCUUCUUAUCCUGGACAACAUUUAUCAUUGUGGCUACUUUAUUUACAUCAGGUACAUGCUCAGAAGACGAAGAACGUUUGGUCAGAGAUCUAUUUCGUGGCUACAAUAAGCUUAUCCGUCCAGUACAAAACAUGACCGAAAAAGUGGAUGUACGAUUUGGACUUGCCUUUGUACAAUUGAUCAACGUGAAUGAAAAAAAUCAAAUUAUGAAAUCAAACGUGUGGUUACGGCUGGUCUGGAAUGAUUACCAAUUACAAUGGGAUGAAGCAGAUUAUGGGGGUAUAGCCGUAUUAAGAUUACCACCAGAUAAAGUUUGGAAACCGGACAUAGUGUUAUUUAACAACGCUGAUGGUAACUACGAAGUUCGGUACAAAUCGAACGUUUUAAUUUAUCCAAAUGGGGAAGUACUUUGGGUUCCACCUGCGAUUUACCAGAGUUCUUGCACCAUUGAUGUAACAUAUUUUCCAUUUGACCAGCAAAAAUGUAUUAUGAAAUUUGGUUCAUGGACAUUUAAUGGUGAUCAAGUGUCAUUAUCUUUAUAUAAUAAUAAAAAUUUUGUUGAUCUAUCGGAUUAUUGGAAAUCUGGUACGUGGGAUAUUAUUGAAGUGCCAGCGUAUUUGAAUAUAUAUGAAGGUGACCAACCGACAGAGACAGAUAUCACAUUUUUAAUAACAAUACGAAGGAAAACACUGUUUUAUACAGUCAAUUUAAUAUUACCGACUGUGCUCAUUUCAUUUUUAUGUGUACUUGUAUUCUAUUUACCGGCCGAGGCUGGUGAAAAGGUAACCUUGGGUAUUAGUAUUUUACUGUCAUUGGUUGUAUUCUUGUUACUUGUUUCAAAAAUUUUACCACCCACAUCAUUAGUGUUGCCACUAAUAGCGAAAUAUUUGUUAUUCACAUUUAUAAUGAAUACUGUUAGUAUACUUGUAACGGUUAUCAUUAUUAACUGGAACUUUCGAGGACCCAGAACUCACAGAAUGCCAUCAUGGAUAAGAGUGGUAUUUUUAAAUUAUUUACCAGCAGUGUUACUUAUGAAACGACCUCGAAAAACACGUCUUAGAUGGAUGAUGGAAAUGCCUGGAAUGGGUGUUCCACCUCAUCCUUACGGAUCACCUGCUGAAAUUCCUAAAAACAUUAGCUCAAUCGAAACUCAAAAUAAAAUAGAAGUAAUGGAAUUAUCCGAUUUACAUCAUCCAAAUUGUAAAAUAAAUAGAAAAUUAAAUGCCGAUUUGGGUGUGGGUGUUGGUGGUAUUGGUUCGGAUAAUUGCCGACGAGAAAGUGAAAGUUCCGAUUCAAUUCUUCUAUCACCAGAAGCUGCAAAAGCAACAGAAGCUGUUGAAUUUAUUGCUGAACAUUUACGAAACGAAGAUCUUUAUAUUCAAACUCGAGAGGAUUGGAAAUAUGUAGCUUUGGUCAUAGAUCGACUUCAACUGUACAUGUUUUUCUUGGUCACAACCGCCGGCACAAUUGGUAUCUUAAUGGAUGCUCCACACAUAUUCGAGUAUGUCGAUCAGGAUCGUAUCAUUGAAAUUUAUCGCGGCAAAUAGUGUAAAAUAAUUUCUAAUAAACCACAAUUAAUUUUUAUGGUGAUCAAAAACAACUACAUAUUUAAAACAACGUGCGCAUGCGUAUAUAUAAUCAUUUAAUAAAUAAAACAUACUC